AUGGCUGAGCUGUACGAGGGCCUAGAGAAGGUGCCCACCUACUACGACAGACGAACUUGUACUUCUCUGGAAGACUGGAAGGAAGCUGUGCAGAGCUCUCGCGCCGUCUAUGUUGGAAAUUUGAAUUAUUUCACCACAGAGGAAGAGCUGUACGAGCUUGUCAGCCAUGCGGGGUCCGUGGACCGCAUCGUAAUGGGUCUCAACCGCCUCACCAGGGCCCCCUGUGGUUUCGCCUUCGUACUCUUCCGCACUCCCCAAGAAGCCAAAGUGGCUGUGCAGAUCCUUUCAGGCGCCCAGUGCGACGGCCGCGUCAUAAGAGUGGACCCAGACAGCGGCAGAGACAUCGAUGGAGACAGGAAAUACGGGAGAGGCACAAGCGGCCGUCAAUGGAGAGAUGAAUGGCGCGACUUCUAUGACCCAGGCAGGGGGGGGCAGGGAGGGGAGCACGGCAAGCGUGCAAGAGAAGAGUUCGAGGCCAGUCUUAUCGCUUCAAGAAUGCCCCCAGUAGACCCCAGGGCCUACCCCCGCAACGUUCGACACAAGUGGGUACCAGGAGGAGGGGGGGUCCCAGGAGGUCCUGUAGGCGGGGGCCCUCCAGGGUUUGGACCCCCAGGGGCUCGACCUCCAGGAGGACCCAGAAGGGGCCCACCUCCCUUUGGGGGGCCACCUCCUCCAGACGACCGGCGGCACCAAUCCCACGAAAAUCCUUUUGCAUAUAACCGCAAGUUUGCCCGCGGCAGGCGCAAUUGA